AUGAACGCCCAAGAGAUGUACCGCAAGAUGCUCGCCCAGCAGUCGCAGUCGUCCGACGCGCCGCCCUUCAAAGUCUCCGCCCCGGCCCUCUCGAUCCCCGACGACACCACCCUGGUCGUCUUUGGCGGCACCAACUGGGACAACCUCGGCAAGGGCAAGGAGGCGCACACCAAGUCGGCGCCCAACCUGAUGGGGCCGUGCCGGCUGGUGCUGCCCGGCGUCAAGGUGGCCUUCGUCGCGACCUCCUCCUGCUCCUCCCACUGCAUCGCCCUCUCCGCCAGCGGAGCCGCCUAUGCCUGGGGCCGCAACCAGUGCGGCCAGCUCGGGCUGGGCGACACGCUCACGCGCGCCGGCCCGACCGAGGUGACCGCGCUGCAGGGCACGCCCCUCUCCGCCGCGGCGACCGGGAAGCACCACACCCUCUGGCUCGGCGCGGAGGGCGACCUCUUCGCGAGUGGCUCCUCCAAGGAGGGCUGCGUCGGACCGUCGGCUGACAAGAGGCGCGAGAUGGAGGCGACGCCCGUCGCCGUGCCGGGCCUGGCCGCCGGCGCGGCGUACGUGGCGGCGGGCGGCGCCCACAACCUGGUCAUAGACCGCGAGGGCACCCUGUGGGCGUUCGGCUCGUCCGAGUGCGGCGUGCUGGGCAACGGGACGGACGGGCAGUACAACAAGUCGGACUCGUCGAUCAAGCUGGCGUACGCGACCGAGGCGGCUCCGCUCAAGGUGCCAAAGCUGGCGGGGCGAAAGAUG